GAAAUAGCCCAGUGGAUCUCAAACCCUCUUAUUCAGUUGGAGUGUUUGGCGGGAGCGGGAAAACCCAGAAAACGUCGUACAAGGCUAUAAAGAAGCCUCUCUCUGGUUACAGGGAAUAAGGUUAAGAAAAAUUAAAAAGGAGAAAAGAGGGAUGGCGCCAGUUCUUCAGAGCUCACAGCCAUGGGUUGAAAAAUAUCGGCCGAAACAGGUUAAGGACGUGGCGCAUCAGGAGGAGGUGGUCCGUGUCCUCACCAACACUCUCGAGACUGCUAACUGCCCGCAUAUGCUCUUUUAUGGACCGCCAGGCACCGGGAAAACCACUACUGCACUUGCCAUCGCCCACCAGCUUUUUGGACCUGAAUUAUACAAGUCUAGGGUGUUGGAGCUGAAUGCUAGUGAUGACAGAGGGAUUAAUGUUGUUCGGACAAAGAUCAAGGAUUUUGCUGCUGUAGCUGUUGGGUCCAAUAACCGUCAAGGCGGUUAUCCUUGCCCAUCAUUUAAGAUCAUCAUCCUAGAUGAGGCUGAUUCGAUGACAGAAGAUGCUCAGAACGCCUUAAGGCGCACAAUGGAAACUUACUCUAAAGUCACCAGAUUCUUUUUCAUAUGUAAUUAUAUCAGCAGGAUCAUAGAGCCCCUUGCGUCAAGAUGUGCGAAAUUUAGGUUUAAGCCACUUUCUGAAGAAGUCAUGACUAACCGUAUAUUGCAUAUCUGUAAUGAAGAAGGUCUCAACCUUGGUGGAGAGGCUCUUUCAACUCUGAGCUCCAUAUCACAAGGUGAUCUUCGUAGGGCCAUCACAUAUCUGCAGAGUGCUGCUCGGUUGUUUGGAUCAACGAUAACUUCUACGGACUUACUCGAUGUGUCUGGGGUAGUCCCUCUGGAGGUAGUCAAGAGACUUUUUACUGCAUGCAAAAGUGGUGAUUUCGAUAUUGCAAACAAGGAAGUGGAUGACAUAGUUGCAGAAGGAUAUCCUGCAUCUCAAAUCAUCAACCAGUUAUUUGAUAUAGUCGUUGAGGCUGGUGAUGACAUAACAGACAAGCAAAAGGCACAGAUCUGCAAAUGUCUAGCUGAAACAGAUAAGCGACUUGUAGAUGGUGCGGAUGAGUACCUGCAGCUUCUGGACGUGGCAAGCAAUACAAUUCGUGCCCUCUCAGAAAUGGCUCAAGACUUCUAAAUCAAAAAUACCUUUAAAGCUCUGCAUCUUGGAUUCUGAUGUUGGUUUUGCUUGUGUUGUUGGGUUUGAAACGGGCCUCUGCCUUGUGCGUUGUCAUAAUGGAAUUUAUCUAGUUAUUAAAUGCCACUUGUCACAGUUUUUUUUUUAUCAUAACAAGAAUCUGGUGUUACCCUUGAAAGCAGUUUCAAACCAA